AUGGGCACCGAGGGGAAAGCCGGGAGGAAACUGUUGUUUCUCUUCACUUCCAUGGUCCUUGGCUCUUUGGUACAAGGCAGCGGUUCAGUGUACAGUUCUAACACAGACGUGCAAGUUGCUGAGAAUAACCCCAUCACGUUGUCCUGUACCUACUCUGGCUUCUCCAAUCCCAGAGUGGAGUGGAAGUUCGUCCAAGGUGGCACUACCACGCUUGUUUGCUAUAACAGCCAGAUCACAGCUUCCUAUGCAGACCGAGUUACCUUCUCGUCCAGUGGCAUCACAUUCAAAUCUGUGACCCGGAAAGACACCGGAGAGUAUACUUGUAUGGUCUCUGAGGACGGUGGCCAGAACUAUGGGGAGGUCAGCAUCCAACUCACCGUGCUUGUGCCUCCAUCCAAGCCGACGGUCAAUAUCCCCUCCUCUCUCACCAUUGGGAACAGGGCAGUGCUGACCUGUUCAGAACAAGAUGGCUCCCCGCCUUCUGAGUAUUCCUGGUACAGGGAUGGGAUUGAUAUGCUUACGGAUGCCAAGAAAACCCGUGCCUUCGUCAAUUCUUCGUACACGGUUAAUCCAAAGACAGGGGACCUGAUCUUUGAUCCUGUGACAGCCUUUGACAGCGGCGAAUACUACUGUCAAGCCCAGAAUGGGUUUGGGACAGCCACGAGGUCAGAGGCUGUACGCAUGGAUGCUGUGGAGCUGAAUGUGGGGGGCAUCGUGGCAGCUGUCCUGGUAACACUGAUUCUCCUUGGAUUCUUGAUUUUUGGCAUCUGGUUCGCCUAUAGCCGAGGAUACUUUGAAAGAGCAAAGAAAGGGACUGCUCCAGGUAAAAAGGUGAUUUACAGCCAGCCAAGUGCUCGAAGUGAGGGGGAAUUCAAACAGACCUCAUCAUUCCUGGUGUGA